CCUGUAAAACAGGAGAUGGUUGACUUAGAAUCACGAGCAUUGCGGUUGCUUGUUCGCCUUGGGCAGCCUUUCGGCGCAUUUCUGCUAGCGCAGCAGCGCAGUGGAGAAUACAAGAGGAUCGCGUCGGAUCAUGAUAUCAUUGGACAGGUCAACGACGUGCGUUCUGUUGGAGACUUGAUGGACAUCAGGACCAUAGAAAUAUUGUAGUC